AUGUCCCAGAAACCACUUCCGUAUCCUGAUGGCUUGGAGAUGGCUCAAUACCAAGGACUCGAGGUCCACGAAGUCUACGGCGGCAUGGAGACCAAUCCGUAUGCCCACGCUUCCGAGAAACAUCUUACUUCGGAUACUGGGUCAGACAAGGGCCCGACCGAGAAUGUUUAUGAGGAGGGUAUGCGCUCUCGGCUUCAUCGAGACCUCAAGACGAGGCAGAUUGCUAUGAUAGCUUUGGGUGGUGCGUUGGGAACCGGUUUGUUCAUCAACACUGGCCCUUCUCUGGCAGCAUCCGGUCCGGGUUCUAUGUUGAUCGGAUAUGCGAUGGUAGGGGUGUUGUGCUAUGCUGUAAUGGCUGCUAUGGGCGAAAUGGCCGCCUGGCUACCAAUACCCUCAGGUUUCACAGGUUUUGCACACCGAUUCGUAGACCCUGCGUUGGGCUUCGCACUUGGAUGGAAUUAUUGGUUCAAAUACAUCAUUACAACCCCCAACAAUCUGAUCGCGUCGGUUCUGGUUAUAAAAUACUGGUUUGACAAGGCAGACUACGAUGGACCUGGGGCUAAUUCCGCCAUAUAUGUCUCCAUUUUCUUGAUAGCAAUUGUCGCCAUCAACUACUUUGGCGUUGGGAUCUUUGGAGAAUUCGAAUUCUGGCUUUCUUCAACCAAGGUUCUCAUUUUGAUAGGAUUAAUGAUCUUCACGUUUAUCUUGGCCAUAGGAGGGGGGCCUGACCACACCGCGAAAGGAUUCAAGUAUUGGAAGGACCCGGGGGCUUUUGCUCCAUAUAAAGCCACUGGAUCCCUAGGCAAAUUUCUUGGAUUUUGGAGCGUCAUGAGCACUGGGGUCUUCUCCUAUCUGGGAGCGGAGCUCGUUGGCGUGACAGUAGGAGAAGCCCAAAAUCCACGCAGAGCCAUCCCGCGGGCAGUAAAACUAACAUUCUUCCGAAUUGUCUUUUUCUACAUCAUCCUCAUCUUCUUUCUCGGCAUGAAUGUUCCCUACAACAGCAAACAACUUCUCUCCGCAAACAACCAAUCCGUCCAGACCGUCUCGGCUAAUGCAUCCCCAUUCGUCGUGGCCGCCAUGACCGCCGGCAUCGACACCCUACCAGACCUCAUCAACGUCUGCCUCCUGAUUUUCACCUUCUCAGCCGCAAACUCCGACCUCUACAUCGCAACACGCUCCCUCUACUCCCUUGCCGUCGAAGGCAACGCUCCCCGCAUCUUCGCUCAGACCAACGACCGCGGAGUACCCGUCUACGCACUCGGCCUCAGCAGCUGCUGCUGUCUCAUAGCCUUCAUGUCCACGGACGUCGGCACCUUCCAAACAUUCCAAUACUUCGUCUCGCUCGUCACCAUCUUCGGCAUUCUAACCUGGAUCUCCAUCCUCACCACGCACAUCUACUUCGUGCGCGCGCGGCACGCGCAAAACAUCCCCGACACGGCCCUCGCCUACGUCUCGCCAUUUGGCAUCACGGGAUCCAUGUGCGCGCUCAUCUUCGCCAGCCUGAUCACGUUCUUCAAUGGCUGGGCGGACUUUGUACAUAACCCCGUGACGGGGUCGAACUUCAAUUGGAAAAAUUUCAUUGUGAAUUACAUCCCCGUGCCGGUGUAUUUCGGCAUGGUUGUGGGCUAUAAACUGGUUAUGAGGAGUAAGAGGUGGAGUGCUGAGGAGGCGGAUCUGUACACGGGGAAGGCGCGCAUUGAUGCCGAGGAGGCGGAGUUUUUGGAGAAGGAGGCGAGGAGGAAUGGGGGUAUGGAAACGAAGACGCGGAGGAUAUAUAAGGCUACGCUGGGGAACUUCUUUUAA